AUGGAUCGAGGAUUUGACAACUUACCCCUGGUAGUAGCGGAUCUUCGACAACCACCACGAGACAUACGCGCACUAGUGGCUCAAUCGAUGUUGAAUGACUUUCUGGAGACAGGAAAAAUGUUUAGGAGAGCGCUGAUGCUUUUAGCUCCAUAUAUUCUAUCUAUUGGAAAGUGGAGUGUGUUGUCGAUUGUGUCCAUAACGGGUAUUGCAUACGAGAAUAUUGCAAACACCACUUCACCGACAAUUUGGCAGUAUCCCAGUUUCGUAAAUGGUACUUCAGCCUCUACUCUUCCGACAUUCUUCCUCACCUUGUUGAUGAUGGGGCUGAAGUACCAAAUCGCGGGUGAGCCAAGGAUUCGUGUCCAUUCCCUCGACCGGACAACAAAAUUCGUGUGUUGUGUUGCCCUCGUCGCUGUUUUUUUCGGAGCACAAACCUGUACCAUAAACAAACUUGAAAACUCAACAGUUUUCGAAAAGAUUGUUAUGGGACAAACAAGAGCCAGCAUCCACUUGGACUGGCUUGCAAGCGGAUUGGAAAUUAUAAGUGGAUACUUGGGAUGUGCAAUGGCAGUCGUAAUUUAUGACUUCAUAACUUUCGUGGAGUGUUCGGUGCAUGUGGGGAGCAUUGGAAUAGCCCUUUCUUCUGUGUUUAUUAGUUGUUGGUACUUGAUACAAACGCUGGAACUGAAAAUUAGAACACCAGAGCCAAUCCGACCAGAAGCCGACAUUGUGUGA